AACUGAAAUUGUGUCACAUCACAAGGAGCUAUCAGGUCCGAAGCAACACGCGUCCUCCAAAAUAACUUCAAAACAAGCAGGGUCCUCAUUCAGCUCCUCAGAUUAAGGACUUUAUUCUUUCCAAGGAUCUUUCCUCCUCACCUUCACGUGAACUGUCCGAGUCGGAGCUCGCUGUUCGUGGCCUUUGACCUCUGGAGAAGGAUGCUCCUGAAGGAGUAAUUCAAGCCACUGUUGGUUGAUUCAAUGAAUCUUCACUUCUUAAGCGGAUGAAAUGCCUUGAAGCUUGCACCACCAUACCAUGGCAGGUUUCCUCUCCGCUGUGGGUUUGGCGGUGAUGCUCCAGGCUCUGAUGCGUGACCAGUAUGCAGCGUUUCUGGGGAUAACAGUGUUGGUAACGGUGAUCUCUGCCGGCUCACCUCUUCCAGACGAGUCCCUGUUGGACUCACACACCUCCUUUGUCGAAGUUCUUGGAGGGGUUCCAAAGACAACAAGAUCAUCACCGUCCGCCUUACCAGACUCACAUUAUACUGCCUUUAAGAACCCGGAGUCACUCAGUGCUCUGCUCUCCAUUCCUGAACCAGUUCCCAAAGCAAGAACUGCUGACAGCGAGCUUUUAAAAUCAGGGCCUGGUGCUUUUGAAAACUCUAAAUCUGUAGUGCCAAGGAAUGUCUAUGUAGAGGAGACAGGUGUUCGAACAACUCCGCCAUUAAGCCCCACUGGACUUCCCCUGGCUUUUGAGGCGUCAGCUACAAGCUCCAGUGAAAAAGGAGGGGUUAGGACUAAUCCUCACAAACAGGAAUAUAAUUUUUCUCUAUAUUCCAAACGAUGGAAGCAACUACUCCAGUCUAAUGCGUCUGUGACAACCUUAAAUCCUUCUGCUUUGAGAAAAUCAACAUUUCAUCAAGGUCUUGAUUAUGAAGAAGACACGACUUCAAGCCUGGUGCAGAAUAGGACAUUAAAACAAAUGCAGUCAUUUGUGACCUCAGUGGCCAACCUACCUUUUGAGCCUCCCGAACUUGCUUUGUCUGAGUCUGACAGUCAAAAGGUUGCUUCAAGCCGCCAGAUAGUGCAGAACAAAUCUGAACGGAACAUGAACACAUUACCGAGCUUAGACGAGAUCAUGGCUCCUGGCUACCAUGUGCCUUUCAUCACCCCCCAAUCCUCGUUGGUUUUUUCUGACCCUAACCAGGUGCCUUCGGAGGACUUCUACCCUACCAACACCAUGAAUGUCGACUGGGGUUCUGGAGACUACUUGGAAACAAUGUCCUUCUUCAACACGGAUAAUGAUGACUACUCUCUGGUUACUAAGGUUCUCUCAGACCCAUACGAUAUGGAGGACGACACAGAAAUCUACGACACAUCUUUUCCUUCCAGAGUGGGCAUAUCGCCUUCCUCCAGACACCCUGGUUAUGGCUCAUCUUCUUCCAGCCUCAUGACGCCAUACCUCACCGUUCCUCCACGUCAAUCCAUUUAUCCAUCCUCCUUUUCUAUAAAGGCUUCCAAUUUACUGCAGCCGACUGAUGUUGCUGGAGCAGAUGUACCUAGCGAAUCAGACAUCGACUGGGGAGAUGCCUUCACAAUUCGACCAACAGAUGUUCUCUUGCCUGACAUGAACAGCUUAGAGUAUUACACCACUCAGCUGACGAAGGACAGCAAUGCUUCAGAAACUGCGGCAGAGUACAGGCAGAAUGCAACUGAGGUGUCCUUCAAUGCUACAAUGGCUCCACCCUCCACAGAUGUCACCACUGAUGGUAAUCUGACAGAGGGUGAAUCCUCCAGUGAUCUGUCAGGAUUUGGGCCUCAUUAUGAAUCAACUACCACAGAGAUCACUCCCCAGCUGAGCAAUGCUUCCGAGUCUUUUCUUGAUCCUUCCAUUGUCCCAACCUAUGUCUCAGAUCCCUCUUCCUCUGUAUGGGAUGGUCCAGUUUCCACCACUGGCUGGUUUACACAUACGGUCGCCAUAGAUAUUGAUUCUGCUUUAGCAGAAGUUUUACAUCCAAGUGCAACAUCUCUGCUACCAGAAGAUUUAGCGUCGUCUUCUUCUCUGACAGAUGUCCAUUGGUUUGUUUCAGAAUCAUUCGAUGACGUUCCUACACUCAUUACUCCCUUCAUAACUGCAACUGCAGCCUUCUCUCCUGAACCCCCUGAAAACACCACUGCCAUUGCAACUGACCUAAUGUCACAAGACUCAUUUGCAACUGAACAAACUGGUGAUGUGACUCUAGUUUCAAAUGAAUCCAUGUCUUACAAUGUUACUCUGGUUCCUCCGGUUAUGGUUGGUGAUCAGAGUGUGACGGAAGACAGAGCGGAUAACUUAACCACAAUGGUCACAAACCCAACGGGCAGUGAAGUUAUUACUGCUGUGGCAACCACAAAUCCAGCUGCCACAAAUACCCCUCAUCAAGCAACAACCAGAUCUUCUGCCACUGCCGAAACCUCGACUGGUGUUAGCAUCACCACUACUACCAGUGAAACAACCACAGCUCCAUCAACUACAUCAAGACAGUACCUCUGCAAAGUUGACCACCCUGCUUAUUUAACAAAGACUGGUUUCCCGUCUGGGGUGACUGUUGGAUUUGCCAAAUCUCAAGUGAGAGAUAUUUUGAAAGUGGAAUUUAACAAGUCAGUGGAGCUGCAGGUUGUUAGCCCUCCUCCACAGUUCGUCUUCCGGGUGGUGUCGGGUCCAGUUGUGUACACAGCCAUAUCUGUCAUCAACGCUCUGCGAAGGUCCGGCCGCCGCUUUCUGUAUGUGUCCCCUAACCAAACGACACCGGACCGGAAGUACCAGGUCCACACAGUGUUGCAGUUUGUCCCGGGUCAUGUUGACAUGCGAUACUGCAGCUUCUUUGAGAGCGUGGAGAAAGGUUUGAUCACGGCUUUUGCAGAAGUUCGGCGUCGGUCGAAGGAAUCAACCAACUUCACCAUCCAUAUUCUAAACAUCACCACAAACAGAUAUGGGGAACAACAGCUGGCGAGGCAGCCAGUAGACAUCACCUUCACUGUCAGUGGUUCUCGGGGUUAUCUUGUGGGGUCGAAGGUCAGCAACGCUCUGAUGAAGCUCACAAUGGUAGAGUUUAGCUUCUACAUUGGUUUCCCUGUGCUGCAGAUUGCAGAGCCUUUCCAUUAUCCAGAGCUGAACACCAGUGAGCUGCUUCGCUCCUCCUGGGUUAGAACAGUUCUCCUGGGUGUUCUGGACAAGAAAAUGAGCGAACGGACCUUUCAAGCCAACAUGGAGCGCAGAGUGGCCUUGUUGCUCGGGGAAGCGUUGGGACAAGUCAGGCGGGUGAAAAGAGCAACCACCGUUGGCAACAGCAGUGUACAGGUUUUGAGUCUGAACCGGCUGGAGGGCACCGACAAUCCAGCAGAGAUGGUGUAUUUUGUGGAGGGUCAUAACGGUCAGAGGAUGCCUGCCGUCCAAACUGCCGACCUGCUGAACAGCCUGGAUGUUCAGAGGGCGGCCAUUAUCCUGGGCUACCGUGUGCAGGGCGUUCUGGCUCAGCCUGUAGAGAAGAUGGAGUCCUCUCCCUCCGACUCAGAGAACAGCAACAUGUGGAUCGUCAUCGGCGUGGUGGUUCCGCUGCUCGUCGUCGUCAUCAUCAUCUCCAUCCUCUACUGGAAGCUCUGCCGGACCGACAAGCUGGAGUUCCAACCAGACGCCAUGACAACCAUCCAGCAGAGGCAAAAGUCCACCACUUCGUUCAGUGAAUCAGGAGCUUCCCUUCACCGGCCGCGCCCUCCGACUAAAAGGGAUAUUGAGUUUAGUGAGGAUGAAGAGGGGGAGUAUGAGGAAGAGGAGGAGGAAGAAGAGGAGGAGGAGGAGCUGGAAGUUAAAAGGGGGAAGAAACCAGUAGCUCUUCCCAAGACUAGACAAAAUAUGAGCAGUGAUGAAGAGGAAGAAGAAGAGGAAGAGGAAGAAGAAGAUAAUUAUGACAUAGAAGAGGAGGAGGAGGAGGAAGAUGAUGAAAAUGAAAAGUUCAAAAUGAAAAAAAUGACAUCUGAAGAGCAAAAGCUAGAAAAGAUCAGAGCUUUGCCGACUAAACCAUCAGGAGUAAAAACAGAGGAGAGGAAAGUGGAGUCUAAAGGGAGGAGAGCCAAGGAGAAGCUACAGGCUCCCAGUGUGAAAGGCUUUGAUUUUGCCAAACUCCAUCUUGGCCAGCAGAGUAAAGAUGAUGUCAUGGUGAUCCAGGAGCCCGCCCUGCCAGGCUCUGGCUCUGCUCCUCUCACUCAGUCCAUUAAAGAUGGCCUCAGUCCAUCUGAGAACGGCGAGGUCCCCACGCCCAAAUCCAAAACCUCCGCCUCCUCCACCAAGGCGUCCCGCGGCGGCCGGAGGCGAGAAAGGAUCUCCCCAUCAGACGGUGACUCAGUGGUGAGUGACCACUCCAGUGAACGGGAACCCACUGAGGAGAAGCCGAGAGCCCACGCCCCGCCCAGCGACAGCAAGCAGACCCGCAAGAAUAGAAUUGGACCACCACCUAUGAAUGGUGCUGCAAAUGAGCAGCUGUCGUCAGCUUCCAUCUUUGAACAUGUCGACAGGAUGUCUCGCACCACAGAUGUGAGCCGAAGACUUCCCAACAAAGUCCAGCUUAUCGCCAUGCAGCCAAUGCCUGUCCCACCACUGCACAGCCCACCCAACAACGGCAAACUGUCUGACACCAACCAAAUGAACAAGGAGAUCCAGGCAGCGUUGAGGCACAAGUCAGAGAUUGAACAUCAUCGUAACAAGAUUCGUCUGCGCGCCAAGAGGAAAGGUCAUUAUGAUUUUCCCGCCAUGGACGACAUGAUCGGCAGCCUUGGCGACGCAAAGGAGCAGGAUCACAUCUACCAGAAGGCACAGACUCAAAUCAAUAAGAUUCUGGAUCCAGAUAAUCCCGUUCCCGCCGUCUUUAUGGAUUCCAAGAAAAGCGGUCGUGGGCGGCGCUCUCCAAAGCAGAGAUUGAAGAAUCAGCUGAAUGGAGGCCUGAUAGAAGCAGAUAAAGACCACCUCAUCACUGAAGACAGCGACGCCGUUUAUAGGAAGUGCCCUGGGGUCAACAAUGUGGCCUACGUGUCGGACCCGGACCAAGGCCCCGGUUCCUCUCAGAGGAGCCCCUCCCCCACCGAUGAUGUCUUCCUCGGCCCAGCUUCCUCCCCUCCGGGCCACGUUCCCUUCCUGCCCCCGCAGCCCUCCAUCGAGGAGGCGCGGCAGCAGAUGCACUCGCUGCUGGACGACGCCUUUGCUCUGGUGUCGCCCACAUCUCAGAGCAGCACGGCGGGCAUCACUCUGCCCGGGGUCAACAGCAACCCCCAGGGCUGCAGCCCUCCAGGCCGGGGCCCCAGGGCCUGGGGCCCCUCCUACCAGCCUCCUUUUCCUGGUAGAUUCACUGAACUGGGGGUCUCCUCUCCUGCAAUUCAAGGCCUAACCCCAAGGCAGGGCCUUGGCUCCAGCUACCUGCCACCAGGAGAAGCAUCAGGCCUCAGCGAGUCUCUCCAGCCGGACAGCUUGUUCUCCAGCAGGGGGCUUUACGCCAAAGAGCUGCCCUCGUCUGCCAGGCCGCGCCCGGUGGGGGGCACCACAGGCGCCCAGCUCCAUCACCUCACACAGGUGGGCCUGUCCAGCCGCAUGAACGGCUACCCAGCAGGCAUCAGGGCAGCUCCCGGCCAGAACGGAGGCCUGGGCUGGAACCCCUACCACACCGACAACUUCUCCAGGCUGGAAGUUGAAAAAGAGGCAAUGCACAGGAGUGGAAGUGGGGAUCCCACGGCGCCCCCUGUCCACCUGGACACGGCGGCGGCGUACCUGUCGUCCCCCCCUCCCCUGGACACGUCGCCCCCCACACACUCCUCCGCCUCGCUGAUCAAGGCCAUCAGAGAGGAGCUGCUGCGUCUCUCCCAGAAGCAGGCGGCCGUGUCCGGCUACCACAGCUGAAGCUCUGGGCGCCUGAUGAUGCUUCCCAUGGAAGCUCCUGUAGCUCCGCAGCAGAGGAACUGAAGCGGUGGUCCACCUCAUCCUCAGACUCAUUACAGGAAAAAAAUGAACUGAGAGGAAGGGUUGUAAAAUGGGACACGUGUUUCUGUCUCACUGAUCAGGCUGGGAUGAAUCCAGCCGCUUCCACUGGAGAACCAUCAUUUCACUGUAUUACUUCAGACUCAGUAUUCUGUCAUCUUACCUUCACAAACAGAAACACCCCAUUUAUAGAAAUGUUUAACUGCCAGAGUCUAAAUAAAUCGAGAGCAAAACCUUCUCAUUGUAAUGAGACAAGAUUAUGUCUCAUUUAUAACAAGAAGGUUCCUUUUGAAACAAAAAGACCUUCCUGUUAAAAGCAGAGACUUGGAACAAGAAAUGCUCUGGCGCCACUUUGAUUCUCCCUCUCAUGACACUAUAAUCUGAGAACUGCUUUUUUUGAAGGUGUCAACCAUGAAAGUCAGUCACAUUUUUUGCCUACAUGCAUAAUUUUGUCCCCAAUUUGAUUCUGAUUAUUGUUGUUCUUAAAACACAACAGGAUGAAUGUUUCGCCAGUCCUUAAAGGAAAUAGAAAGUUCCAAAUAUGCUGUUAAAACCUAGACAUUUAAUAAUAUUUAUGACCAUAAUGAGUGGAUGUAAACUCUACGACUCCAACCAUCAGCAGCUCGUUUUUGUAUUUCUGCCAUGAUUGAGCCUCGCCUGCCUUGACACUGUGAUGCAGACAUCAAGCAAGCCUGUCAGUGUGGCUUCCAUACAUGAUAAUACUCAACAUUUCUUCCUCAAUUAUUGCAGUAAAAGCCAUUUCUGUUCAUUUUGAUGAUGAUUUUUUCAUGUUAAAGAUCCAUACCGUUUUAUUUCUGUGAUAUCUAACCGACUGGUACUUUAAUGGCCUUGGAAGGAACCUCCAAACUGGGCUGGUUUACUGUUUACUUGACAUAUGUAUUAAUGUAUGUAUUAAGUAUUUGGCUGUAACUUGAUGCACUGUUUGCAGACUACUCACUGCACCUCUGGUGUUUCAAAAAGAGCAAGUUUAAAAGUCGUGAGCUGUAAACUAGGACAGGCAACUUUUCUAUGUUAACUAUAUAUUGGACCAUCAGCUUUUAUUCUCACAGUAUUUAAGGUUUGCUCUGCCUUUUUGUACUGUACUGUACUUUUUUUGUGCUUUAUAAAUUGCCUCAUGUGAUUAUGUUCUUUGUUUUUUUUAGUUGUCAAAAAUCUUACAAGAUUGCAUUUUUCACGAGCAACGCCCUGACAUGUUCUACCCAGGGGGCUGAGGUAAUUUAUUGAAGUGAAAUAAAAGAUGGAAACGUGUAUUUUGAAGCAGGAGUUGAUGGUAUGUUUGUGGUUUGUGCUUCAGCGUUGUGGAUUUGACCCGCUGUGAUGUUCUUUUUAAAGCUGGUUGAACGGAACAGAGCAGAACGUCUCAGCAUGUCAACACUGUAAAAAACUGUUUCCACAGAAAGAAAUUGUUAUGUGGAAGCGUUUUAUUGGAAAGCGCUUGAAAGGCAGGAACAUUUGGUCGGUCAUUGUGGUGCUGCAGCAUCUGGUGGCAGCUCCAUGUGCCUGAUUCACAAACUCUGCCGCCACCUUCUGGUUUUAUUCUGUAACUACAUUUCCAAAUUUUUCAUUA